AUGAAACAACCUAGAGCUAAAUGGUCGCCGGACCGGUUAUCCGAUGCGCUGCUGAAUGAGCAGAACAAGCUGAUACAUCUGGACCCUGUGCCGCUGUUUGCGACGCGGAACGAUAUUAAGCCCUGGCUGCAGCGGAUAUUCUUCCCGCAGGGGAUCGACCUUGUUAUCGAGAGGUCCGAUAGCGGGAAGAUCAUCUUCAAGUGCAAGAAGGAUUGCGGUCCCGAUAAGAAGUUCUCUUGUCCCUUCCGCAUCAGGGUCACUUUCUCGAUCAAGUUGCAACGGUGGAACUUCGUCAUUGUGAACAACGUGCACAGCCACGAACUCAAGUUCAACGCCAGUAGCGACGAGUACAAGAAGUUCAAGAAGUACCUCGUCACCCAGGGGGACACACAGACGCUCAAGUUCUUCGAAGAAGUGGAGUACAAGAGCAAGAUGAACCUCCCGAUCCUCCCACAGAAGACGUUCACGUGUGACUGUGGACUCACGGACGAGAUCGACUGGUUCGACGUCGUGCUCCCGCGGGCAAAGACCGCGCCCGUCACCACCGCCACCACUACUACUACAAAAGUACACAAGAAACGCACAACCGCGACCAGACCGGUACCGUCACGGGCGACACCGGUCCAGAAGCCACCGGUCAUCGACCUCGACGAGAUAGAUUUCACGGAUAUGUUCACGGACCCGGCACAGAGAGAUUGCACAGCGUCGUCGCCGUCACCGCCAUCCCCGGCGCUACGCGACACGUACUUUGACAACUUCACACAGUACUCCUCGCUGCUGCUGGACGACACGGCAACGACAACGGCAACGCUCUCCACGGACCUGGACGUCUGCUUCAACCCAGACUACAUAUUCAACUCGCAGAUAGAACCUCUCACGUUGCAGCAGCAGCAAAUGAAGCCCAAUGAGCUGCCGGAACUCCCGGAAAUCGAGAGGGCACUGUCCCAGGGGGACGACCAGUACCUCGAGUUCCUCAACAUCUCCGAAUGGUCCUAA